ACGCGCGUCUUAAUGUACUUAUCAAUUCAUCUCGCUGGGGUCCACUGUGAUUCCUCUGCUGUGCUGGAAAACACAUGGAUUUAACUUUUUUUAAAAACAUAGUGCGAGUUCUGUGGGUUUUUUUUUUAUUUCUCGUUUUUUUGUCUUGCUGCAUUGAUUUGCCUUGGAUUUUGACUGUAAAAUACGACUUUUAAGGCGUUUUCCACCCGAGCCUGUUUCUCCACAGACUUACUGAGUGAUAAUGCUGCUUCUCAUGUAGUGGGCUAGCAAAUCAAUCAAAAGGUACAGGAUGCAAAGAUGGCACAGAUUCUUGCACCGCCGGGACCACACAGCUUCCGCCCGUUUACCCGGGAGUCGCUCAAGGCCAUUGAAAAACGAAUUGCAGAGGAGAAGAGUAAAAAGCCUAAAAAAGGAGCGCAAGAGGGAAAUACUAAUGAUGAGGAUCAGCCACAACCUAACAGUGAUCUGGCGGCAGGGAAGAAAUUGCCGUUUAUAUAUGGGGACAUUCCAGAAGGAAUGGUGUCCACACCACUGGAAGAUCUGGACCCAUUUUAUUGCAAUCAGAAAACCUUUAUAGUAUUGAACAAAGGGAAGGCAAUCUUCCGCUUUAAUGCCACUUCUGCCUUGUACUUGCUAAGUCCAUUCAACCCACUCAGAAGAAUAUCAAUUAAGAUUUUGGUGCAUUCAUUGUUCAGCAUAAUAAUCAUGUGCACUAUCCUUGCAAACUGUGUGUUUAUGACCUUCACUGAACGCACGGAGCUUCGAUCCUUGUUCAAGAAUAUAGAGUACACGUUUACUGCAAUAUAUACAUUUGAUUCAUUAAUAAAGAUCUUAGCCAUGGGCUUCUGUAUAGGGAAGUUUACCUUCCUCAGAGACCCAUUCAACUGGUUGGACUUCACUGUGAUUGUAAUGGCGUAUGUGACAGAGUUUGGCAACGGUUUGGGUAAUGUCUCUGCUUUGAGAUCUUUCAGAGUUGUUCGGGCCCUGAAAACAAUAUCAGUUAUCCCAGGCCUGAAGACCAUUGUAGGAGCUCUGUUCCAGUCAGUAAAGAAACUUUCAGAUGUGAUGAUUCUGACUGUCUUUUGUUUGAGCGUAUUUGCACUGAUUGGCCUGCAGCUUUUUAUGGGCAACCUGAGGAAUAAAUGCAUAAAGAUACCAACCGAUGGCAUUAUAAAUGAGAAGGGACAGCUGGUUUUUACUGGAAACUUCACUGAGUUCAACCUCACACAAUACUAUAAUGAUAAGGAUAAUUAUUAUAAAAUUGAAGGAAAGAAAGAUCCACUGCUCUGUGGAAAUAACAGUGAUGCAGGGCAAUGCCCAGAUGGUUAUUUCUGUCACAAAGCAGGCACCAAUCCGAAUUAUGGCUUCACCAGCUUCGACAGCUUUGGUUGGGCUUUCCUCUCUCUCUUCAGACUGAUGACUCAAGACUACUGGGAAAAUCUCUACCAACAGACUCUUCGAGCUUCAGGGAAGAUCUAUAUGAUCUUCUUUGUGCUGGUGAUAUUCCUGGGAUCGUUCUACCUGGUGAAUCUGAUCCUGGCUGUGGUGGCCAUGGCCUAUGAUGAACAGAACCAGGCCACCCUGGAGGAGGCUCUGCAAAAAGAGGAAAAGUUCCAGGCUAUGAUGGAGCAGCUCAGGAGGCAACAAGCAGAGGCCCAGGCGGCAGUUGCGGUAUUUGAGAGUGGCAAGCUUAGUGGAGACAGUUCCUCUGAAGCCUCCAAACUCAGUUCCAAAAGUGCCAAAGAACGAUGCAACAGGAGAAAGAAGAGGAAGCAAAGAGAGGAGGAGGGGGUGAAAGGGGACAACGAAAAGGUCCACAAUUCUGACCCAGAGAACAACAUUAGAAGGACCAGCUUCCGAUAUUCUGUGGAUGGAAACAUACUGUCAUAUGAUAGGACAUAUCAAUCCCCUCAUCAGUCACUUGUGAGUAUUCAGGGCUCAGUCUUCUCUCCACGCCGCAACAGUAGGACUAGCAUCUUUACCUUUCGUGGCCGCCUGGGAUCAGAGAAUGGAUUUGCAGAUGAUGAGCACAGUGCGUUUGAGGACACAGGCAGCCGCCGUGGCUCGUUGUUUCUGCCACGCUGCUCUGAGCGUCUUUACAGUACUGGCAGUAGGAACAGCUUGACCCCGCGUGUUUUCCUGUCCCCAAAUGGAAAAGUGCGCAGCUCUGUGGAUUGCAAUGGCACAGUGUCAUAUGUGACUGGUAACUCACUGCCCAGCUCUCCAGAUGUUCUGCAGUUGCCUGAAGUGAUCAUAGAUAAAGCCACUACAGAUGACAAUAGGAAAAAAGAGGAGUACAGGAGGAGAUAUGAUGCCGAACAGCUCUCACCAGGGUUUUUGAAUGACCAGACAGCCAGACAGCGGGCUAUGAGUGUAGCUAGUAUUAUUACCAACACAAUGGAAGAGCUGGAGGAUUCGAGGCGGAAGUGCCAUCCAUGUUGGUAUAAGUUUACGAAAGCAUUUCUGAUCUGGGAUUGCUUUCCAGCAUGGGUGAAAAUCAAGAGAUUAGUUCACUUGUUUGUUAUGGACCCAUUUGUGGAUCUGUUCAUCACCAUCUGCAUUGUAAUCAAUACAGUAUUCAUGGCCAUGGAGCACCACAACAAGGCUGAAUAUUUUGUGACAGUCCUUACAGUGGGCAACUAUGUUUUCACAGGGAUCUUUACAGCUGAGAUGAUCUUCAAGAUUAUAGCCUUGGAUCCUUAUAAAUACUUCCAAGAAAGCUGGAAUAUAUUUGAUAGUGUCAUUGUAACCCUGAGUAUUAUGGAGCUUGGGUUGGAAAAUGUACCUGGAAUGUCUGUUCUUAGGUCAUUUCGUUUGCUUAGAGUCUUUAAGCUGGCUAAGUCUUGGCCCACUUUAAAUAUGCUGAUCAAAAUAAUUCACAACUCGGUGGGUGCCCUUGGCAACCUGACGCUCGUCUUGGCCAUCAUUGUCUUCAUCUUUGCCGUAGUAGGCAUGCAGUUGUUCGGGAAGAGUUACACAAGCAAUAAGUGUAAGAUUUCAUCAGAGUGCAGUCUCCCUCGCUGGCACAUGAGCGAUUUCUUCCACUCCUUUCUAAUAGUGUUCCGUGUGCUGUGUGGUGAGUGGGUCGAAACUAUGUGGGACUGCAUGAUGGUGGCUGGACAGGCCAUGUGCCUAACUGUCUUCCUCAUGGUCAUGGUGAUUGGAAACCUUGUGGUUUUGAACCUCUUCCUCGCCUUGCUGCUUAGCUCUUUUAGUGCCGAUAACCUGGCAGCUACAAACGAUGACUGUGAAAUGAACAACUUGCAGAUUGCUAUGGGUCGCAUCCGCAAGGGUGUAGCGUUCAUUAAAGCCCGUCUGCACAGCUUCUUUCACAGCAGCUGCCUUAGAAGAAGAGAGAAUAAGGUAAAGGAGGAAGAUGGCCCAAAAGAUGCCAAGAUGCUGGCUGAUAUGUCUACUCAUACCACAGUGGAGCUGAUUAAAGACCCAGGGUGUGAGAAAGAGGCAUCAGGUGCAGACACUGGCUCUGAGAAUUUCAUCUUCGAUCCCACCUUGUCUGUCUCUGUACCAAUAGCCACUGCAGACUCUGACCCUGAGUGCCAGAACAUGGAUGAUUUAAGCAGUUACUCUUCUGACAUGGAGGAAGAUAAAGAGAGGAUGUCAGAAGGUAUGAGCUCUUCAGAGGGCAGCACAGUGGACCUCCGGCCCCUGAAGGAGAGAAGAGAAUCACUUGACUUUGAGCUUGAAUUACCUGUGGAUGAUCCUGAGGCCUGUUUUACACAAGGCUGUGUGAACAGGUUUCUUUGUUGCCAGGUGAAUGUGGAAAAAGGCAAAUGGAAGACGUGGUGGAACAUCAGGCACACCAGUUACAGGAUAGUGGAGCAUAACUGGUUUGAGUCAUUCAUCAUCUUUAUGAUCCUGUUGAGCAGCGCAGCACUGGCCUUUGAAGACAUACACAUUGAGAAAAGGAAGACUAUAAAGACUGUUUUGGAAUAUGCAGAUAAAGUGUUUACCUACAUCUUCAUAUUGGAGAUGCUUUUGAAAUGGCUGGCGUAUGGAUUUGCUAAAUACUUCACCAAUGCCUGGUGCUGGCUUGAUUUCUUGAUAGUGGGCGUCUCUCUGAUCAGCCUAGUGGCCAGCGCCCUCAAUUAUUCAGAGCUCACUGCCAUCAAAUCUCUCCGUACACUGCGAGCACUGAGACCUCUUCGCGCUCUAUCACGCUUUGAAGGCAUGAGGGUGGUGGUCAACGCCCUUUUUGGUGCCAUUCCCUCCAUCGUGAAUGUGCUGCUUGUCUGUCUCAUCUUCUGGCUCAUCUUUAGCAUCAUGGGUGUCAACUUGUUUGCUGGAAAGUUUUAUGAAUGUGUGAAUGCAACCUCCGGCAUUCGCCUGAAUGAAAGCCUGGUCUCGAACAAAAACGAAUGUCUGCAACUAGGCCAAAGUGCACGGUGGAAAAAUUUAAAGAUCAACUUUGAUAAUGUUGGAGCAGGAUAUCUGGCUUUGCUGCAAGUGGCAACUUUCAAAGGCUGGACGGAUAUUAUGUAUGCUGCAGUAGACAAUCGGGGUGUAGAUCAACAGCCUCAGUAUGAGGCAAGUCUGUACUACUACAUCUACUUUGUAGUCUUCAUCAUAUUCGGGUCCUUCUUCACAUUGAACCUUUUCAUUGGCGUCAUUAUUGACAACUUCAAUCAGCAAAAGAAAAAGUUUGGAGGUCAGGACAUUUUUAUGACAGAGGAACAGAAGAAAUAUUACAACGCUAUGAAGAAACUUGGUUCGAAGAAGCCACAAAAACCAAUUCCCCGGCCAUCAAACAAGCUCCAGGCUCUUCUCUUUGACAUUGUAACAAAUCAAGCUUUCGACAUCUUCAUUAUGGUGCUUAUAUGCCUUAAUAUGAUCACUAUGAUGGUGGAAACAGAAGAUCAGUCCCAAGACAUACGCAGUCAUCUGAAGAAGGUCAACAUGGUGUUUGUGGUAAUCUUCACAAUGGAAUGUGUACUUAAGAUGAUUGCACUUCGACAGUACUUCUUCACUGUUGGCUGGAACAUCUUUGACUUUGUAGUGGUCAUUCUCUCAAUAGUUGGCACAUUUGUCUCUGAAGUCAUUAAGUACCUGUUUUCUCCAACCUUGAUUCGUGUUGUUCGACUUGCUCGGAUUGGCCGAAUUCUUCGGCUCAUCAAAAGUGCCAAGGGAAUACGCACCCUUUUGUUUGCCUUAAUGAUGUCUCUCCCAGCCCUAUUCAACAUCGGUCUUCUUCUCUUCUUAGUCAUGUUUAUCUACGCAAUUGUUGCCAUGUCACAAUUUGCCUAUGUCAAGAAGGAGGCUGGAAUUGAUGACAUGUUUAACUUUGAGACUUUUGGCAACAGCAUGUUAUGUUUGUUUCAGAUCACUACCUCUGCAGGGUGGGAUGGACUCCUGUCACCCAUUCUUAACAGGUACCCUGAUUGUGACCCACAGAAGGAUCACCCUGGCAGCCAAGUUAAAGGUGACUGUGGCAACCCAGCUAUUGGUAUCAUCUUCUUUGUGAGCUACAUUAUAAUAUGCUUCUUGAUCGUGGUGAACAUGUACAUAGCUGUGAUCCUUGAGAACUUCAGUGUGGCCACAGAGGAGAGUGCAGAGCCAUUAAGUGAGGAUGACUUUGAAAUGUUCUAUGAGGUGUGGGAAAAAUUUGAUCCUGACGCUACACAGUUCAUAGAAUACAAACAGUUGUCUGACUUUGCUGAUGCCCUUGACCCACCUCUGCGUAUACCUAAGCCCAAUAAGAUCCAGCUGAUUAAUAUGGACCUACCGAUAGUAAGUGGGGAGCGAAUCCACUGCCUGGACAUCUUGUUUGCAUUUACAAAGCGUGUCCUGGGAGAAAGUGGUGACAUGGAUGUCCUUCGUGGACAGAUGGAGGACCGUUUCAUGGCCUCUAACCCUUCCAAGGAAUCUUAUGAGCCCAUCACUACAACUCUACGACACAAGCAUGAGGACAUGUCAGCUGUCGUCAUUCAGCGGGCCUACCGGAUGCAUGUACGGAGACACAAUGUAAAAAUAGGCCCCAACACAUACAAAGAAGCUGUACAGGAGAAUGGAAUGGUUUCAAACAAGGUCCCAGUGGUGACAGACAGGUGUAACGACCACUCUGCUUCAGACAAAUCUGACACAUCAUCCUCUACCAUUGUCCCACCAUCAUACGCCAGUGUAACACAAUCUGGUAAGAACAAAUAUGAGAAAGACAAGAGGGAAAAGGAAAUAAAAGGAAAAGAUAACAAGCAGCGGUAAAGGUAAAGUGAUUUAAAAAAAACACUCUUUAGAAAUACAGAGUUUUACAAUAUGAUUAUGUUUAUAUUGUAAUCAUGUAUAUGGAUUAGCUAUACUCUUUUCCAAAGUGUGGUUAUAUAUGCCAUAGUGGCAAAACUGUGUCUUGCAUUUUGCUAUCAUCUUAUUGAACUUAUUAUUUUCUUUAAAAAUGUCUUUAAUGAUGUUGUUUUGAAGAAACAUUUUGUCUUUCUGUCUUACUUUAGUGUCGUCCCUUUUUCACUGAAAGAAAGCCAUUAAAUGUGUUCUAGCAUCUUCUCAUGCAUUCUGGGACCAUCCAUAUUUUUUUUUUUCCUGACAUGCUUCCUGCUCUCAGUGAUGUUUUUGACUUGUAUUACUGUUGAAUCUCAAACCUUGUUGGAUUGAUUUCCAUGCCUUUCUGAAGUCAUUUGGUUUUAUCAACUGCACUUCCUCCUCAUUAUGUUUGCAGACAUUAUUGUCGUUGUUCGAUUAAGCCACUUUGUGUGAUGUUUCUGCUGUAAGACAACAACCAUGCUUCCAAGCUAUGCCUUCCCCUUAUGCAGAGAUUUUGAAACACGGAUGUUACUAGAACUCAUGAAUCUGUUUGACCUCCAGUGAAUCACUUUGUUUACAAUGGACAAUUCAGGGAAUUUUAUCUUUUGAAGAAGUUGAUGAAACCUUUUUCAUGCUUGCUUAUGAGCAGAGACAUUGAGCCACCUUAUCUUGGACUCUGUAGUGAGAUGGGAUUGAAACAAAGCCUCUCAAAUGCUGCAUGAAACAGAAGCAGCCAGUUCCUCAUGAAAUCCUUGGGGAAUUGGUGAUACUUAUGCAGGAAUUAUCCUCCAACAUCAACCAAAGAGGAAUUUGAGUGCUGCAGCAAAUGAGACAAUGUAUGUAAAUGUGCCUAUGAACGUACUCGAAAAUUAAUUGUGUAUGAGGGAGCAUAUCAUACACAACACAAACUGGCAGAAUCAGCCAUAACCAGCUGUAACUACACUGUUUAAUUUAGCAUGUAUAUAAAUCUUGUCCUAUUAACAACAUUUGAUUAGAUCAGGGUAGAUCAUGCAUUUGGACACAGUCUGUUUGAAUGGAUUUGCUAUGCAUCCUGAGCAUUUGUGUUCUUUUACAUUUAGGCAGUUCCACAGAUUUGAUCCUGCAAGAAAAUUGGUCAUACUAGUUUGCAAUGAUUGAUUUUAUCAUAUUUGUGGAACACAUAUUUGUAUUAUUAUAAUGCUAAACAUAUCCAACUAAAUAAUUUUGUUGGAAUACUGCUUUAAAAACAAGAAAAUAGGACACAUGAACAUCUAUAUGAUAGAAAGUGUUGUAUCACAUCAGUAUUUCAGGAUGGCUCUAUGCCUCACAGGUGCCUCUUAACCACAUUAGAAAGCCAUUAGUAUAUGUGCCUAUUUGCAUCAUGAGCAUACAGUACAAAAUAAAUCCAUUAAUAAACAAAUUACUCAUGGGUCUUACCUUAAAAAAAAUCUAUUGCACAUUAAUGCCAUUCAAAAAAUUCAGAAGCAGUAACUUCCACUUUAUUGUGCAAGUUCCCUAAACAUUUGUUCUUGUAGUCUUGAUUAAACACACUGACCAACAAUCCAUCCAUCAAGCGUACUAGCAGAUAUAUUGUAUGAAUAUGAAUUGUGUAGCAUAUUUUCAAUAAGGCAUAGAUUAUGCUUGAAAAGUGAAAAAAAAAAAAAAACUAGUCAGAGUUUGGUACUAAAAUAUGUUCAGUUUCUAGUCAGCAGGAGGUUGUGAAGAAACGAUGUGUUGAAUUUAAUUUAUUUCCUCAAUAUGCCUAUAUUGCAUUACUGAAAUAUACUGUAUAUUGCUUGGCUUUUAUACAGUGUGUGUGUGUGUGUGUGUGUAUGUGUCUUUGUGUCUGUGUGUUAUUUGUAAAGGGAUUUGAGAUAAGAAACACACCAUGCACACUUUGGUUGCACUUUUUUUUUAUUUAAUUACUUCCUUCCAAAGACUGUACUCUAAAUUUCUGUACUGUGUAUUUGAAUCUCAUUUAUACUUUGAAGAGGUGUCUUUGCAAACUGAGCAUGCUCCAUGUGCAUUGACUAAUAUUAUCUACGACUGAAAUAGAGAAUAUCUUUGGUUGGUUAUAUCUGUGCCUGGAAUAGUGUGACCUACCUUCAACAAAUCCUUGCAUUUGUUUACAUUAUUUUUAUGAAAUUUUAUCAAGUACGUUUCUAUUUUGUUUUGAAUCAGCUGAUAUCCUUAAAGACCUAUUAUAUAUGUCUCACAUAAGCAUUGCUAUGAUCCUGUUCUGUGAGUGUGUUAUACAUGUACUAACAACAUUUUGUUGCCAGUGAAAUAUACAUUUAUAUGAAAUGAAUGUUUUGAUUACAUAAGCACAGGUAAUAGAUGACAUAUUUUAUAUAUACAUUAAGCUUGUAAUCUAUUAUUAUACUGCAUGCAAGAUACUGCUAUGAGUCAACUGAUUAAGGAAGCCAAAAGAAUAAAGAUGUCAUGUAACUUGGGAA